GUCUGCCUCCAGUGUCCAUCCUACGGCCAUUGCCCCCAAUGCGAGGCGAGGAAGACGCACAAGGAACACAUCAUGCUCAGAGUGCCCGAGCCCACUUUUGCGUUCAACUAUCAACCGGGUGUGCGAUGCGGCGGGUGCGGAAACGCCAUCACGGACAUCCGUUACAGAUGCAUCACCUGUCCCGGCUUCCACCUCUGUCCGACCUGCGAGGAGAGGAAACCGCACAGCAAUCAUCCCACGCUGAGAAUGCUUGCUCGGACGAACCCCGCGGCUACAGAAAUGAAUCAGUCUUCAGCGCCUCUCGUGCACGGCAGAGUACUUUGCACGGGAUGCAAGGGUCCCAUCAUCGGUUUCCGGUACGAGUGCGUGAGCUGCCAAGAGGUCAGUCUGUGUGGGAAAUGCGAAGAAAAGGACAACACGCACCUUGAACACCCCUUGCUUCGAUUUCCGACGUUCGUCGCUCAAAGAUGUGAGUUGAUUCGCAUGACUGAAAGGACCCAAUCGUCUCUAAUGCUAAGUGGACGUGCGGAGCGUGCAUGGAAACUCAAAACCAAGGAGCACGAUACAAAUGCUUGGCGUGCCCGGAAUUCGACCUCUGCUCUUCAUGCGCUGCGGGACAAAAUCACACCCAUCAUCCGAUGCUUCGCCUCCAGUUCACUCAAGUAUGCGCUUUACGUCCAUUGCGGUGCAUCAGACUUGGACGCGGUCCUAAGAUAUUGGCGCGAAAUGAUUGCAUUCGGUCCGACGGUGUAG